AACGGUGUGUGCUCCUUUAGUAAUCUGCAGGAUGCCGCCGUGAUCGUGUGGCGUCCGCAUUUUUUCUUCGAUUGGUCAACUGUGUCACAUGUGUCAUGAAUUUGUGUACAGAAAACCAUACGAAGACCAUUGUAUACUGAUUUAUAAAGUGUUCAUUCAGCAAAGAUUGACUCCAGCAAACGAAUCAACGCAAAUCGAAGACAAGCGUGGGAUUUCGUGCAGGGGUUGCAAUAGAUGCAUCGUUGAAUCCUGACAUCGGGGCACAUAUGUCCGCUCCAAGAGAAAGAUAGGAAUAUUACAUCGAAUGUUUCAGUUCGCUAUGAGUACAGGAGGAAGAUCGUCCACAGGGAGAAGAUGACCCCACGACGACACGUGUUCGCGGUGAUACGACGAACGCUACUAGCUGCUGGUAUCCUCACGUUAUUGGUGUUGGCUUUAUCGAGUCAGGACACCAGCAACAACACGCAACAAGGCCUUUUGUUGGAGGAGGAUUCGAACCUAACGCCGGAGGAAAGAUUGAUGGAAGAGGAGACAAACGCCGAAACGGAGAAACGAUUGUACGCUAGGAGGAAGUUCCUGGCAGAGAAGUGUGCCGAGGAAGGAUUAGACCGACCUGGGAACGACUCUCUUCAUAGGCCGAACGCCUGGGAAUUCCUUGUAAAUAGAGAGUAUCAUUUGAUAUGGUGCAACGUGUUCAAAGCGGCUUCUACCUCCUGGAUGUACAAUUUCAAUCUGCUCGCUGGAUACAGUCCACAAUUUCUGAAGGCAUCAAAAGCCGUACCAGUUUCCUUGGCGAGACAGAAGUAUCCUCGACAUACGGCAGAAGAAUUGAACAGGUUCCUUAACGACAGUAUCAGCUUCCUAAUCGUUAGACACCCGUUCGAGAGGUUGCUCAGCGCUUACAGAGACAAAUUGGAGCACAGUUUACCGCAUACAUUCCAUAGCAAUCUUGGAGCUCAUAUCGUUUGGCAUUACAGAUCUAGGGAUCCAAAAACAAAUGGACGACACGGUCCGAGGUAUCCGCUAUUCGAGGAGUUUGUACGAUGGCUAUUGUGUCAGUGGAAAGCUGGCAAUGAAUUGGACAUGCACUGGACACCGGUGGUGAACUUCUGUACACCGUGUCAAGUGAGAUUCGACGUGAUUGCGAAAUUUGAAACACUUCACGAAGACCAAGAUUAUCUCAUAAAGCAAGCGCACGUAGGCCACAUCAUUAAACCAGAGUGGAAGAAUCCCACCAGAGGUGUCCAAACAAAAGAUGUAAUAAAAAAUUACUUCACUCAGUUGUCUAAAUCACAGAUCAAACACCUCUAUGAGAUGUUUAGGUAUGACUUUGUGCUUUUUGAUUAUUCUCCUGACGAUUUUAUCGCUCUUGGGAGAGACGAAGACAGUGUACUAAUAUGUAAAAAAUAGUAGCAGUACUUCGUAUAGUUUGUAAGUGCAUUUAGCAUCUGAAUUUCAUUUUUCUUUGAACGCAUUACGUGACGCUCUUUGAGUAGCGUUGAUUACAACGAAAAUAUUAGAUAGGAAAUGCCUUUUCAGGGCUAAAACAAAGAGAAAAACAUAUUCGAUCGUGCAGGGUAACAGUGUACGCGAAGACACUACUGCUUUUUUAAUAAACGAAAUACGGUCUAAUAAAUUGAUGAUAGGACUUAAGAGAACUUUAACAAAAUAUUUGUAAGUUGUUAUAAACUGAUGCAAGAGCAGUUUUUAAUGAAUUGAAUGAAAAAAGAAAUUGGGAAUAUCUCAUUGCUUUGAUACUUGAGCUAUGAACAAUGAUGAAUUUCUUAAUGUAUAAGAACCUAUAGUAGGAAUUAUUCUCACUUUGUUAAUCCCUACUGCUCAAACGAAAAUCAUUUGUUUAUAAACAAAGUGAGAAAUAGAAAACUUUGUAUUCCCAUUGAAUAUAAACAAAAUAAUUAUUCUUUGUUCGAUGGAAUUGAAUUGCAAAAGAUUAUAAUGCACUUUAUAAAGAUUUAUUGAUUCCCUAAUCUUUCCAUAUUUCAUGAGAUACAUUUAUAUUUUCUCCAACUUUACAUGUAUAUAUUUCUGUGUAUAUAAAUAUAAAUAUGUUAAUAUAAAAUAUUGUUAUAAUAGUUUUUAUUACCAUUGUACAAAUGGUAAUAGUACUGACUCAAGGAAAUAUAUGGUAUAUAACAAUAUUGUACUAUUAAGAUACAUUAAAUUCUAUGGCUUCCAAAUACAAGAAUAUAGGAAUCCAUGAAUUUUAAAUUUUUUAGCACUUGCAUAUCCUAUAAAAAACGUAUUUAAGUUAAGCAGGGUUACAUUUUCACAAUAAAUAAGCAUUUCUACAAUAACUUAAUAACAAAUAUACCACACUGUGCAGUACUUAAGGCUAUAAUGGAACAAUUUUCCAGUAUUAAAAGAUUUUGUGCAAAUGAAACAAAGUUCUUUGUGAGAUGGAAGUAGCUUAUAAACUGAUACAAUGUAAUAAAAUUUAAUCCCUUAUAAUUUUAUAAAUUAGAAAUACAAAAUGACAAUAAUUAUUUUGUGAAAUAAAAGGAUUUGAAAAGUUGAA